CCUUCCUUUUCUAAAUAAUUUUUGUGCUGUGUACACGUGUUCUCCACAAUGGCACCCGUCGAGAAAGCUAAAAAGGUCGCCAAAUCGGCUAAAAAGGGCAAGAAGCACCCUCUCAACUCGUACCUGAAGGGCGGUGUCUUGCGUUACUCCAAGGCUCAGAUGUACAAGCGUCGUGGCUUGUACCGCCUGAAGGACAAGAAGAGCCCAGUCGUGCAAAAGGUGAAGGUGCCCAUCAAGAAGGUAAAGAAGAUCGGUGGCCCCAAGAACGGAGGUGAGCGCACUGUAUAUCUGCGUAAAUCCAAGGCCAACUACCCAACCAAGACUUUCGUGAAGAGCCGUCCCAGCAAGGCCAACUUCAGCGAGCAUAAGCGCAGCACGCGCCGCAACCUGAAACCAGGCACAGUACUCAUCUUGUUGGCUGGCCGUCAUCAGGGCAAGCGUGUUGUGUUGCUGAAGACCCUUACCUCUGGCCUUCUGCUGGUCACCGGACCCUUCGCCCUAAACUCGUGCCCACUGCGUCGCGUGUCCCAGCGCUUUGUCAUCGGCACAUCGUCGCGUGUGGAUCUCGGCCAAUUCAAAGUGGCCGAGCACAUUAACGAUGCCUACUUCCGCCGUCUGAAGGCCAAGAAGGAAAAGAAGUCUGGUGAGGCUGACAUCUUUGCCGCCAAGAAGGAGCGCUUUGUGCCCAACGAACAGCGCAAGAAGGACCAGAAGGAAGUGGACAGUGCCCUGUUGAAGGCCAUCAAGGCCCAUCCAGAUGCUAAAUUCUUCAAGAAGUACUUGCAGAACAUGUUCGCUCUACACUCCUCCCAAUAUCCCCAUCGCCUUCGUUUCUAGGCGGACGGACAACUUCAGUUUAAGGAUUUUUUAAAAUACUUGAGACAGAGAAACAGAAAAAAAAUACAAAGAAAUUUGUAAAAUAAAAUUUACAAAACCGGAAUCAAACAAUCGUAAAAAUCUGUGAAAAAGUUAA